AAUGGUAAAUGUAUGUAUGUAUGUAUGUAUGACAGGGCAUGUACAAUCCUCAAAUGGCGUCACAAUAUUAUCCGCAGAUGAUGUAUGGUGCGACUGCAACAUCAAACAUCGGUCAUCAACCAUAUAACUAUCCUCAAAUGAAUUACAUGAUGGCAUCACCGAGGACGGGUUUUCCCCCAUCCAUGAUGCAAUCUCAACAAGCUGCAGCUCAUCGUCAAUUACCUUAUGGACAUAAUCCCAUGGCUAUGCCUCACAUCGACAUGGAUGGCUCAUACUUCCCACCAUCCACAUUGUCUCAUGGUCUUCAACUUCAACUCCCACCACAUGUGAGGCAAUCACUCACAACUCCGGAUUCGCAGACUUCCCAGCCUACAUCAACAAAUGGUGGAAACAAUGAAGGCUCGGAUGUUUAACAAUGCCAUUAAAUCUCUCAUUGAGCAAUGCAAAAGGAGAAAUAUGUCGGAGAUUACUAAUUAUUCAUUACAUAUUACUCUCAUUUCAGGAGAAAUUGGAGGGGGUUGGUUGCGUAUGACAAGAUUAAUUGCUGCCAUGUCUGGAAUCAAUUCAUUUUUUAUGUGGCUAUUUUUAUUUCCUCCUCAACUUUAUUCUUUUUGUCAUCAUUUUCAGAACAUUCCUUUUUUACUACUGAUUUAUUUAUAAAUAAUAUGUGAAUAAAAUGA